UCGCGUUCACAACUCUCGACUUGCCGCUUCGAGAACAAGAUGGGAAGAACGUCGUAUGGACUAAGACUGGUUAUUCUAGCUGCUUUGUUGGCUUGUGGCAAUGCUGCUCCACAGCAGGUGUCGAAUGUGGAUAGAAAUAUUCAGGAUAUAUUCAACACGAGUCCCGGAGUGAAUCAGCCGUCGGGACCAGGUGGCUUUGCCCAGGUGGUGACUCCGGUGCCCAUCGAUCCCUCGAGUCCAGUGAUCAACUUUAACUCGAUCAGUGGCAAGCAGGCAAAUUGCAAUUGUGUGCCGUACUAUAUGUGUGAUCCGUCGACGAACAGCAUCACGGAGGAUGGAUCCUUUGAUGGCUUUGGCUUGAUUGAUGUUCGCUUUGGCGACGAUGAUCCUGUGUGUCCCACAUCCGUGGAUGUUUGCUGUGCUGGAAAUCGCACACGCUCUGAGGUCUUAAAUCCGACUCCCUUGGACCAGAGACCCAAUCAACCACGUGGCUGUGGCAUUCGCAAUCUGGGUGGCUUGGACUUCAAGUUGACGGGCGCGACACAGAAUGAGGCCGGAUUUGGCGAGUUCCCCUGGACGGUGGCCCUGCUGCAUGCCGAUAAUUCCAGUUACUUCUGUGGCGGCUCACUGAUUCAUCCCCAAGUGGUGCUCACAGCGGUGCAUUGUCUGCAGCCACAUGCACCCGGCUCCUUUGUGGUGCGAGCUGGUGAAUGGGAUGCACAGACAACGAAGGAGCGUUUGCCCUACCAGGAGCGUGCGGUUCAGCGCAUCAUCACACAUCCGCAGUUCAAUGUGAGGAAUGUGGCCAACGAUUUUGCCCUCGUCAUUCUAACGCAGGAAUUCACUUUGGAUGAUCACAUCAAUGUGGUUUGUCUGCCUGCCCAGGGCGCUUCCCCCGCUGCCCGCACCACCUGCUUCUCCACCGGCUGGGGCAAGGAUGUCUUUGGUGCCGCCGGCAAAUUCAGCGUUAUCAUGAAGCGAGUGCCACUGCCAGUCGUGGACUUCAAUACCUGCCAGACGCAGCUGCGUGGCACUCGACUUGGCCCGAAAUUCGGCCUGGAUCGCUCAUUCAUGUGCGCGGGCGGACAGCGAGGUGUCGACACCUGUCAGGGCGACGGAGGUGCCCCGCUUGCCUGCCCCAUUGGACUUGCCACCGACAAUCGAUACCAGCAAAGCGGCAUUGUUGCAUGGGGCAUUGGUUGCAACGAUAAUAUUCCAGCCGCCUAUGCCAAUGUCGCCUUGGCUCGCACCUGGAUUGACCAGCAAAUGUUGGCCAACGGCUUUGGCACCAGCACCUACUCAACCUAAGCGCCAUUCCCUAUUCCCCCCACUACUCUACGAAUAUGUUAGGAAAAUGUCUAAAAUAAAUAAAGUUUUAUCUAUCAACUACAA